AGGAUCUGAGGGACGUCACCCAGAGGACACAGCCUGUGAGGCCCCACACACCCCGAAGAACAACAGGACAACCUGACCACAACCAUGGCAGAAGGUCCUUCCAGACACUUGGAGAAUGAGAACAUGGGCAACCAAGAUGAGGGAGCCCAGGCCCCGUUCCAGGGAUCCUUGCUUGGAAAGAUGGCUGACCUGGUGGACUUCCUGCUCAGCAAAUACCGCAGGAAGGAGACCUCCACCCAGGCUGAGAUGCUGAGAGAGGUCUUCAACAACGAGCAGAAUCACUUCCCUGAGAUCUUCAGCCAGGCCCGCGAGUGCCUGCAGCUGGUGUUUGGCAUUGAGAUGCAAGAGAACUCCCAGGCCCACAACUAUGUCCUGGCUCCCACCCUGGGCCUCACCUAUGAUGGGAUGACAGAGGCUGAGGACAGCAAGCCUAAGACUGGCCUGCUGAUCCUUGUCCUAGGUGUCAUCCUCCGAGGAGGUGGCUAUGCCUCCCAGGAAGCUGUCCGGGCGGUACUAGGUGUGAUGGGGCUCUUUGACAGGAGGGGGUACUCCGUCUUUGGAGAGCCCUGGCAGCUCCUCACCAAUGAGUGGGUGCGAGAGCAGUACCUGGUGUACCAGCAGGUGCCGGGCAGCCAGCCCCCCCGCUACGAGUUCCUGUGGGGCCCCCGCGCACAUGCUGAGACCAGCAAGGUCAGAGUCAGGGAGCUUUGGCUCCGUGUCAUUAACCGGUACCAGUAUAUCGGCCUGCCCCCUGCCCAUAGAGAUGGAAGUUGAAUGUGCAGGCAUCUGAUCUGGGGACACAGAGCCCUCAGGAGUAAGAGCUGGAGGCCAGGCAAGCUGGGGGCAGAGCUGGGUUCCUGUUGCUAGAAAUUGAUGUUUGGUUCUUUCAGAAAGGUUUCAAAUGUUCUUGUACUGAUGGUUCAUGAGUUUGUGGGUGACAUUGUGUAAAAGUUUUUUGCUGUUUCAUAAAAACCAAUUGAGAAAUCUGCCAUCUUAACUUUGUGCUUAGAAGCUGUAUUACCUGACAAGGAAAUGGAAUAUCCUUGGAAAUGUGCACUCACAAGGGCAAACAAUGGAGUUGAGACAAAUAAAUACAAACAAUGGUUAAA